AUGAAGGGCACCGCAACGGACAAGGGCCCAGCAAGACAUAACUACCAUCGUUACUACGAAAAGUGGCUGGCACCAUUCCAGCACAAGCCUGGGUUCAAACUCGCAGAGAUCGGCGCUGAAAGAGGCGGGUCACUCCAUGCUUGGAGCAGAUACUUCUCGCAAGCUGCCGUAAUAUGUGGCAUAGCAUAUGGUCACCUAAGUGAGAAUGUAGAAAGCAAGGCUACCUCUUGGGACAAGGUUGUGGUGCUUCGGGGAGACCAGUCGAAGCGCGAAACCAUGCAGUUGCUUCUUGACAAGGGCCCGUGGGAUGUGAUUAUCGACGAUGGGUCGCAUGAUCCACCUCACAUGGUGUACAGCUUCUUUGCAUUGUGGUCAGCGGUCAAUCCGGGUGGUCUCUAUGUGGUGGAAGACCUGGAGACCAACUACUGGCCCGACGGCAAGAAAGGCUACGAGAACUACAUACGCGGCAAUGGGGUCAUGAAUGGACCAGAUCUGUCUGCUGUGGCCAAAUUCAAACAAUUUAUAGAUGUACUGCACCGCCGCCAGAUUGGAGCUCCUGAAAUGAGCAUCAUGGAAGGUGACGACAAGAUUUGCUCCAUCGAGUGGGGUAUGAACCUCGUUGCCUUCAAGAAGUGCAGCACCGAAGAAGCCAAGCAAAGUCCAAAGUUUUUGCGAGAAAACUACGAUAAGGCGAUCAUGAGGAAGUGGAUUGAAGAUGCCAAAGCAACCAAUCCUACCAUGGACUCUCCGUAUCUCCCUUCGGCAAGCUCCACGUCCUUUCCAGCUCUAGUUGGCAGCCCCGUCACAUCCAUCAGUCUUCUUGAAGCGAUGAAGGGCACCGCAACGGACAAGGGCCCAGCAAGACAUAACUACCAUCGUUACUACGAAAAGUGGCUGGCACCAUUCCAGCACAAGCCUGGGUUCAAACUCGCAGAGAUCGGCGCUGAAAGAGGCGGGUCACUCCAUGCUUGGAGCAGAUACUUCUCGCAAGCUGCCUUAAUAUGUGGCAUAGCAUAUGGUCACCUAAGUGAGAAUGUAGAAAGCAAGGCUACCUCUUGGGACAAGGUUGUGGUGCUUCGGGGAGACCAGUCGAAGCGCGAAACCAUGCAGUUGCUUCUUGACAAGGGCCCGUGGGAUGUGAUUAUCGACGAUGGGUCGCAUGAUCCACCUCACAUGGUGUACAGCUUCUUUGCAUUGUGGUCAGCGGUCAAUCCGGGUGGUCUCUAUGUGGUGGAAGACCUGGAGACCAACUACUGGCCCGACGGCAAGAAAGGCUACGAGAACUACAUACGCGGCAAUGGGGUCAUGAAUGGACCAGAUCUGUCUGCUGUGGCCAAAUUCAAACAAUUUAUAGAUGUACUGCACCGCAUCAUGGAAGGUGACGACAAGAUUUGCUCCAUCGAGUGGGGUAUGAACCUCGUUGCCUUCAAGAAGUGCAGCACCGAAGAAGCCAAGCAAAGUCCAAAGUUUUUGCGAGAAAACUACGAUAAGGCGAUCAUGAGGAAGUGGAUUGAAGAUGCCAAAGCAACCAAUCCUACCAUGGACUCUCCGUAUCUCCCUUCGGCAAGCUCCACGUCUGCUAGAGGCCAUGAGGCCAUAAGGCCAUGA